GGACUUUUGGGGCUUUGUGUCUGGGCUAGCGAGUUCGUGUUUGGGGGCAUGGGCGUCCGGAAUUGAAUCAGUCAACUCCGAGUCGUUACAACGCCGACCCGCUUUAUACGGAUGCUUGGAUAAUGAACAAAGAUAUACGGAGGAUGUCCGUGUGUCAGAUGUGUCCGUAUGAGUGGUGGUAGUUGGGGUCGCAUUCGAUUAUUGUUCGAGGGGAGGGCGAGAGGAAAGGAAGAUGGACGUAGAUUAGGGAGUAGGGAGUAGUAGGAAGUAAAGUAGGACAAUAAUACGUAGCGAGUGGACCAACAAGAGAGCCUGGAGCAACUGCCUGUCAAGCGAUAGUUAAGUUAGCAUCAUCGGCAUCAUGGACAGAUCGAGGAGUGGAGGACAUGCGACCAAACAUCUAACAGCGUCACAUCGCCGAUGGUCGCAUCUCCAGCGGCUCUGUCGGACUAAAGAUUCUUUUCUUCUUCUCCUUCUUCUCCCUCCUGACUCGUCAUCGAUCCCAGUCUUUGCUCUUCUUUCCCCUUCUUUCAUUCACUCAUUCCCCUUUUUGAUCUCAUCUCUUCCGGUGGGGACGGUUUCAAGCACCGUUCGUAUUCUGAGAUUCUCCGGUUAUCGUUAUCCUAUUCACCCAACUACAACUCUAGUUAAUACAUCUUCAUCUCUCCCUCUUUCUCCCUCUUUCUUCCAUCAUCGCCCCGAAACCAACAACUUAUUAUUCUGUGUCCCCCACCCGCUGGCCCUUCUGCUACUCUACGAAGCUCCAUUCCUGGUGCGGACCAGCGCGUUGUGAGAGUUCGACAGAUUAUUACAAGUGGUUUGACCCCCGCCGGACCGUUUUUCUCGAAUCGCAACUAGCUGGAAUUCCGGAGCUCCUUACGAUCCCUCGUGACUCCCUUCAGCAUUGCGCGAUCCCUCCAAAUCGUCUACACCUUAUCCGUCAAGCUUUAGCCUCCAUUCCUGUUGGACCCAUUAUUCCGUCGGACUUGAAAACAUUCCUGAGACUCUGGGUUGAGGACCAAAAAUAAAAAUAACAGCCUUUUUCUUCUUUUUUUUUUUGUGGUUCUCCCACCCUACGACAUUGUUUCACGACUUCACUACAUCAGUGGCUACUACACGGAGAUCGCUAGUUGCACAGACCGGCCUUACCGUCUCUCGUGUGUAUGCCUCUAGUCGUUCUUGCUUCUGUCGGUUAAACAAACCCCUAUUUAUCUUCACCGAUCAUUCGAUAUGACACCCAUUACUCCGGUCGGUGCGGAGCUAAACAAGGACGAGGAUCAUGAUCAUUUUCACGAGGAUCCAAUUGAUGUGGAGGAAGACGAGGAGGAAGAUGAUCUAGACCCGGUGCAAAAGGAACACUUGGAACGGCACCGAGUACUUGACGACUUUUUGUCGCCAUUGGCUCUCGACGAAGCGGUUCUGUAUAAACUUGCGCGUCGGUUUUCCGGCGUAUAUCGCAGGCUUGCGCUUGAAUCUGAAGAACAGUUUUUACCUACGCCGGUGACCAACCUACCUACGGGGUUGGAGACGGGCCGCUACUUGGCGAUCGAUGUUGGUGGGAGUAACUUGCGCGUCGCAUUCAUCGAGCUGCUAGGAGAAUCUGCCGAUUCGGACAUUCGCUCCGCAGACGCUUCGGAGAGAUCACGGGAUACAAUCCGAAAAGCGCAGCGACAGCGCGUGAAACGAACCUUGGAGAAAGCGUGGCCCAUCCAGGAGCAUCUCAAGAUGGAUAAGGCGGAGGACUUGUUCUCUUGGAUUGGCGACUGCAUUGCGGAAGUGGUGGCUGAAAGUCUGACCUCGGAUGCGACGAAAGGUACGAUUCCGGCAGAAUUGGAGAUGGGAAUUACUUUCAGUUUCCCGAUAAUGCAAGAGUCUCUGGCGGAGGCCACCCUGAUGCCUAUGGGGAAAGGAUUUGCUAUUACCUCGGACCUCAAUCUUCGGAAUAUCCUGCUCAAUGGCUACGAGAAACACACGAAGCGUCCGGGUGAUGAUGAUGAGCCUUCCACCAAGCGCCGAAAGCUUUAUUCGCUACCAAAGCUCAAGAUUACCGCUAUCACUAAUGACGCCGUUGCUACUUUGACUUCCCUGGCCUAUGCGGUGAAAUCACUCCCGAAUAGCCGUGUCGCAAUGGGCAUCAUUGUAGGAACCGGGUGCAAUGCUACGAUUCCGAUGAAACUCGGGUCGCUGCAUGAUUCCAAGGCGAAGCAUGUGAAGCUGAGGAAUUCUGCGGCGGAAGAAACGGUGGUCAAUACGGAAUGGACUCUUUCGGGGGCCCUACCUCCCUUGAAGGAACUCGGUAUCAUCACCAAAUGGGACGUUGAGCUUGACAGGGCGUGCGCACGUCCCGGGUUUCAGCCCUUCGAAUACAUGACUGGAGGUCGAUAUAUCGGCGAACUGGUCCGACUCAUCCUUUUUGACUACCUCACCACAGUGUAUGGUGUGGCGCAGAAGGAUCUACCUGCGAACGUCAUCAAAGAGUAUGCGCUUACGACUUCGUAUAUCUCUGACAAGGUUGCCCGUGCCCGCACAGAUCAGGCACUGGCUGAUGAACUGGGGCGUUCUUUGUCGCCGCCUGAAGGUGGUGACUGGCAAUGGGAUACCAUGACAGCCGGGGCCUUUCGCAAGAUUGCGCGAACGGUGCAGAGACGAUCUGCCGGUCUCAUUGCAGCGGCGGUCGUAGGGUUACUGGCUUGUGCGCGAGAAAUCGAGCUCAAAGUGGAUAGCAAUCAGAAUUCGCCGCUGAACUCUAAUGUUGCUUCGCCAGUACAUAAUGGCAGCUCUCAUGAAUCCACGCAGCCUACGUUGGGAGUUCCGGGCACGAGCAAAUCUCGAGGGCCGAUCGUUCCUGUCCUCUCACCUUCACCCACGCCGGCUGACUGGCAGUCUGGCCCCGAGGAGCUGGUAGUUGCCUAUACCGGUGGAAUCAUCCAACAUUAUCCUAAUUUCAAGGAGAUGUGUCAGCAGUUCAUCGAUCGUCUGAUCAUGCGGACCGGCCCGCAGAAGAGCGGAAAAUCGGUCUUCUUACGUGAGGCUUCGGAUGGUGGGAUCAUCGGGGCUGGAGUCCUCGCGGGCAUGGUUGGAAACAACCCAUCCCUCUGAAAGAGCCGGCUCCGUCGUCGGUUGCUUGAAAGUGACAUGAAAUAAUGAUUUUGAUGUGUGGGAUAUUCGUUUGUCUUCUUAGCGCUGUGGACCAUUGGAGUUGGCAACUUUUCCUUUGGGAUAAUAGAAGGGCAGCUUUUUUUUUUUUGAUCGAGGGCGUUUUAGAGUGGCUCUCUGUUUUUUCUUGUUCUUCUUCCCUCCCUGUCAUGUUACAAAUUUUUGCUCAUUUCGUGGUAAAACUGGGGCUGUAAUUUGGAUUCAGAAAUUGGCCAGAUUCAUUAUCUAUCUAUUUGUAAUAACCA